AUGGAUGCUCUCGCACUCAAGAUAGAAAAAGUGAAGGUUUUAACUGUUAAGCUGGAGCAUGCUGAGAAGAAGAUCAGUGAGCUCUUAUCUGAAAAGGUUGUAAUGAAGAGUUGUGUUGCUGAUGUAAACGCCUUGCUCUCUGACAUAAUAGAGACUCGUGACUUUAUGAUCACGAUUACUGUUAAGAAGCACUUGGCUGAAAAGCUUCGCCCCGUGUUCGCUAUGCUCAAUAGGUUAGAAGGUAUAUCAAGGUCAAGCUCACUUCUGAAGCAAGGGGGAGAGACUAUGAAGAAAUCAAAGAAAGAAAUCCCAAAACCAAUUGAAAAGCCAACUACAAAGCCAAAAUCAGAAAACAAACCGAUGGAUAAUGUAGCUUCGGAUUCGAAAGGCAAAGAGAAUCUCAAUAAUGAACCAAUUAUUGAUGAUAGCAAUGAAGAAGAGCCCGAUGAGCACGAACUAAAAAGAAAGAAGACUCGUCAAGCUCGAAUCAAUGAGCACAAUCGAAUUGUGAGAGAGGCUGAAGAAAAAGAGAGGGCUAAACGCGAAGCUCAAGUCAGAAUGGAAAGCCGAAAGCUUUUGUUUCCAUUGUGGACUUUGGAUAGAAUGAUGAGUGCGAUUAUAGAUCUUCCAAGCUAG